AUGUAGCCUGCUAUAAGAACACAGAGGAGAUGCGGUAAUGACUGGUCGGUCAAAAGGCAAGCCAUGCUAUACAUACUAUGUCACACAACACAGCAAUAGGUCGCUAUAAAGCCAACGACCUAGGACCUGGUCGAAUGUAGGUCGUCUCAGCCUUCUCCACUCAUCCACACCACAUUUUUACUCUUUCAAACACAUUCUUUCUUACUUCUCUAUCUCUCUUUAUUUUUCUUCCCAUCUUCAAUCCUUAUCACCAGCACGUCUCUUCAUUUUACUUCUAGUCUCUAUCUCCUAGUUAUGUUCGUUUUCCUUUCUACAAUUCUUCGUAGUGCUGCCUCCUCUAACAUUAUUACAACUCGUUCUCUCUAUUUCUUUCUCUUUUCACAUUAUUCUAUUGUUUCUCGCUAGCUUGUCUCAAAUUCUCACUGCUUCUCCUCGUCAUCUUUUCUCUCAUCUUCCUUCUUCCGCUUCCUCCUGAUGUUAUGUAGGCUACCCUGUUGAAACUCAUUCCCAUAAUUAUCUAAUUUCGUUCCCUUUAUUAUAUUGCGAUCUCUUCCUCUCCACUUCCUUUACAUCCUCUUUCCAUCUAUUAUGAAAAUCAUCCUAUCCAUUUCUCCACUCUCUUUUCUCGUUUUACUCAUAUCUUUCACCAGCUUUCUACAAUACCUCAUCUCUUCAUCAUUAUCACUUUACUCUUUCAACACAAUUUUUACCACUUUUUCAUCCAUUUUCAGCUUCCUCUUCAUCUUCAUUCCUCCCCCACCUAUAAGUUCUUCUCAAUGAUUUUCUCUCCCAUUUCCGACCAUUCUAAUAAUAUUAAGUACUCUCCCUCCAAUAUUUUUCUCUCCUGCAACUUCUAACAUAUUCUCUAGCAUUGUCUCUCUUAUUCAUAUUCUAUCUUUGUCAUGCUCCAUCUCUCUCUUCAUCACGUUUCCUUCUCACUUGAAUUCUCUCGUCCUUUUCUUCUGUAAUCAGUCUCCUUCCUUGUUUCCUUUCGUGUGCCCCUCAUCUCACUUCAUCACCUUUCAAAACUCGUAUAUUUUUCAUCGUGUUUUCUUUUCUCAUCCUUCCUCUGUUCACUAUUCUUUCGCCUCACUCGUUCUCUUGUACUCUCUCUCGCAUAUUUUUCACCCUGUCUUCUUUUCUCAUCCUUUCUUUGUUCACUAGUCUUCCCUCACACGUUCUCUUGUACUCUCUCUCUCUCGCUCGCUCUUUCUCGCCGCUCUUCACCGUCUACUUUCAAUGUCAGUACCAUUGUGUGACGAGCGCCAGGAAGAUCAAACAGUAGAGGUUAGUGUAGGCAGCAACCUUGACCGUGCGUGUGACCGUUGCUGCAACUUUCUUUGCUGUCGCCGCCGCCGCCGCCGCUUCCUCAAUGACGACCAGCAUGUCUUCACCGGCGUCGCUCCUGUUUUACGCGCUGAUCGCCUGUACGUUGGGCGUCGGUCGUGUCAACGUGUCCGUGUCGUCCGACAGUUCGGUGACAGUUGCCGUCAGUGAACAUCCGUCUCCCGUCAGUGAUCAUACACAUCCUGAAAGUGUCGCUACCCCAAGUGAUCAAAUAAAUCCCGAAAAACAAGAAGUUGCCAGUGGAUCAGAUCAGCCGCAAACCGACCGGCAAGGCAAGAACUUGCUGCAGUGGCUGGGCAUUGAGGAGCCGCCGGACGCAGAUCCCUAUCUGGCUAGAGCCAAUCAAUUGUGUCUGGAAGGCGAUUUGUACGAGUGCUUCAAACAUCGCGUUUUGUCCACUUUUGACGAGUUCCUCCUUCAGGAUAAAUACAACCUGACGGAGAAUGUGCGGUUGGUAAGAAUGCCCAAAGAGGAGCUGCGUCGCCUCGCCACCGAGCCGUACGAGUUCUCAACGGAGCCGCGUGCCGAGGAGCCAGAAUGGGACCAGUUCGUCAAGUUCGUGAUGCGCAAAGUUGAGCGCUUCGUCAAGUCGGCUGCAUUCGAGGUGCAGGUGCCCGAUGACGUCACCGUGCAAGGCAGAUAUGCGCCCAGGUUCAUCGACGAGAUCUACAGUGAAAUCGACACACUCGAGGACAAGAACGACAGUCCCUUCUCUAGGACCAAGUUCAAGAAGCUCUUCAUUCCGAUGCUGAUAAUUCUGAAACUAUUCAAACUGAAACUCCUACUUUUCCUGCCAUUGAUACUUGGACUUGCAUCAUUCAAGAAAGUGCUCGGAUUCAUAGCACUGGUGGUACCAGGAGUUAUAGGCUUCUUCAAGCUUUGCAAGCCGGAUCUGCACCACAACUAUGGCAGCUAUGGUCACAGCAGCUUCUAUCACAGCCCACCACACAAGUACAACUUGGCUGGAUUCGCUCUGCCAGAUCGAAGGGUGCAGGCUGAUCGAAUACAUUCCUAUCAGAUGCUGGAUAGUUCUGGCCAAGUAUCGUUCAAAGACUCACCAACUGAAACCGAUCUACCUUAUCAUGGAUAUUAUCAACAACAAAAUUAGUACAUAAAUAACUCAUCAUAUCCCAAAUUAUUCUGUGAAAAUCUAUAAAUAAUUAAAUUGUAAAAACAACAGCAACAGCCCACAUAAGUAAGUGUAUCCUAAAUCGUAAUGAAGCUUUAUAUUCCUAUGUUUUGUUUGAUAGGAUAUUGAUUUUAUAUAGCCUAAAAGUGGAAUUUUCAGAAGAGAAAUACUGCUUGCUGCCAAACAGUAGGCUGGCUGAAAGUAGAGCGAAUUUGAGAAUUGUAGAUUAUAGUAUGCUCUCAAUAUAUUGUAAAUAAUUUAAACCCUAUUAUAAUGUUAUUUACAAUGUGAAAACAUCAUUUGUAUGGUACGUCUUCUGGGAUCAAUUUUGUGAUCCAAGACUGGAUAUUUUUUCUUAUCACGGAAUCAACUUAUUUUGUUGAAAUUUGACAGUUGAACGACAGAACGACAUUACAAGACUGUAAUGGGAUUGUACAGUAUGUACUUUGUAAAUAAUUUGUUUAAAUUCUGGUAAUCCAGUUUUGAACUUGUAUAAAAAUAACACUAAAGACGUUUUAUCGUUCAUUAAGAAUGGAUACAAGACUGAAAUAGUUAGAAAAAAAUAAAUGUCUCAACAUGUUUGUGUUUGCAAGUAUUUUUCUGCCUUAAUUUUCAUCAGAAAAAAACGUAAUUCUCAUAGAGAGGAAAAUCACUGUAGCCUACUGAAAUAAUUUUAAAAUUAUCAAUAGUCUGUACAAUCUUUAAUAUUGAUUGAACCCUUAUUUAUUAUAAUAUUGGUUAUUGAAUCAUGUAGCCUAUUUUGUAGAACAUUUCAAUAUUAUUAUUAUUAUUUAAUCACCGAUUUUUUGAACGAAUUAAGCUUCAAUAUCAGCCAUCAAACGAUAAAUAUCCAGUUAUAGUUUUGUUUUUGUUACCAUUAGAAUGUUCAUAGAAUAAGUAGUAAAAUAUCUUGUGAAGUCUCAUCUAUUUUGAAAAUUUUCAGGUAACCACCUAUUUGCAACGUGAUUCAUAUUCAUCCUGAUUGAUCUAGGCUACUUAUAUGGCUAACUUUCAAAUUGGAAGUGGAUAAGACAAGUUUUGUGUGAGAUCAUGAUUUUGGUCCGUCAUCUUGAAUAGCCUACAACUUCAUAUUGAUAUGCGGUUUUCGCCAUUCAUUUUCUUUUGAAAUUCGAUCUGUAUCAAAAUCAUGUCCACCUUCCCACUUAAAAACUGAAUUUGUAUUCAAAAUGGCAGUCCAGAGUUUUGCAGUCACAAAAUUUUUUUCAAUACAAAUAAAAUCCCCAAUUUUCAAAUUAACAGAAAUAAGGCUGUUUCCAUAAUUUUCAUCAACUCUGUAGAAUAUAUAAUAAAUUAUAGGUAGUGUAUAAAAUUAAAAAUCUGGUGUGGCACACUCACACAACUUUCCUUGCCGUUAUGAAAAUUGAUCAACUGACGCUAGUGUUCACGCGCAUCUCAAGUCUACUAUUCUACUUAGAGUCUACUAUAAGCCAGCUUUUGACAGGAUAAUAGCGCUGCAGAAAUACGAAGUCUGCUAUCUCUUCAUCGUGAAUGAUUUAAUAGAAUCAACAGUUGACAACAGUUUGCAAUUGAAUAAUCUCAUUUUCUCGAAUUUCGAGCUUAUUUUCAAUUUUAGGUGAAAAUGUU